UUCACUUCUUUUCUGGAUCAUCAUCUUCAUUGCUGUAGUUCUACAAAUAUGUUUUUUCAACUCGUCUGCAUUCUAGCUGCCUACUUGCAAGGUGGGCUUACACAGGAUAGGCCUACACAAGAGGUGAAGUCAGUUUGUGGAGAGGAUUCAAUUCUGAAAUGUAAAGCAAUACGUAAGCCUGGGGUCCAGUACCGGGCAGUGAGGUGGUACAAGCUGGGUGAGGAGCCCUAUAAUAAGGAGUCUGGUCUAUUGAUGAAGAGGCUAUCACCUAACAGCACCACCCAAUGGUACGUCGGUCUGGAGCGUGAAGUGGAACUUUUGGCUGACGAUUCUUUCGAUAUCUUCCUGCCCAAUGUAACGGCUGUUGAUAGUGGGAGGUACAAGUGUCUCCUGGCAGCACCUGUAGGAGAGCAGAACCAGCAGGGGCAGGUUCACCUCAGAGUGACAGGUUGCCUUGAGUCCACAUACCAAUCAGAAGAAAUGGAUACCAUUCUAGUUCUUUCCAUUGUGGGGAUUGUUGCGGCAUUGCUGAUAUUCACCAUCAGCUAUGUCAUCCUAAGGAAUAUGUUAUUGCAAAGGAGUAAGAAGUAUCCACAAGAACCACUUCUAGAUGCACCCCUUGAGAAGAAAGAUUUAAUGUUGAUCUACACUCUGGGGCCAAACUGGUCGGGACAGGCUUCCAUAAAACAUGUCUGUGUGUGAGACCCUGUUCAGCUAGUUUAGGCUCAUUGUAUACUUGAAUGUGAAGAGGAAACACAGAGAAAGACUAUAGUCCAUUUGAAGCUGAGCAAGGAGCCUAAGAGUCAUGUCUAAUUUCCAGAGAGUUCACCUCUAAAGCAGCGGGAGGCAGACAAACCUCUGGACGCUCUGGACGAACUAAGUUGUGUAGGCAUGACUGCAGCAUUCAAGAGCCUGUGAUGCGCAAGGAGCAGGGCCUGGUGAAGGGACCCCACGAUCUAAGCCCCAAGAUCAAACCCCAACAAAGAGCUUCAGGAAAGGGAGAAUAAAUAAUUAAUGAUAAGGGGUGUGGGGUUCUGAGAAUAUGAAAUAUACUUAUUCAUGUCACUGAGGGAGAGAGGGUAAUGUAUAACGUUUACAUUAUAUCAGGGAUCCUAUGGUUAUCUGUAGGAGGAAGGUAUAUAGUGUGUGCAAUUAAGCUUGGAAUGUGCUGAGUGCAGGGAAGCGAUCACAUAUGGCAGGCAUUGAUAAGGUGAGAGAGCCAUGGAUUAGUGAUGAAGGGGGUCGAGGUCAGGUCACGUUAAGGGAGAAAGAAAAGUUUAUGGCCAUAUUACUUAGUUUCCUGCCUAGCAGUAAAGAUACAAUCAGAUGGGUAGUAGGCAACUCAGCCAAAGAGAGAGGGUUAAAUAUCAGUGCUUGUGUGAAAAUCUUUUUGUCUAAUGCAGCUGUAUUGAUCCUCUGGGAAGAAUAAACUUGGUAAAGCUUU